AUGACAGACAGAACUGCUCCAACCUCUUCGCUAAAACUAGAAUGGGUGUACGGUUAUCGAGGACACCAAUGCAGAAACAAUCUUUACUACACUGGCGCGAAGGAGAUCGUGUAUUUUGUGGCUGGAGUGGGGGUGGUUUACAACACGAGGGACAACUCACAACGAUUUUUUCUUGGACACAACGAUGAUAUUAUCAGGUUUGUAAAGUUUAGGGCUUGUACAGACUAGUUUCUCCUACAAGGUAUAUCCUACAAGUAGACUUGAUAAAUGCGGUAUUUGCUUGAUAUAUUUACCGAUCCCUUGUGCAAACUUGAACAAUGCAUGCUUCUGGAUGUUGACCGGGUUACCGUGCAAGCGCCGUGUAAACUCUGUUGACGGCAUGCAUGAGUUUGUUUCAAAAUACAUUGAAAUUCUAAUUGCUGAAAAAGUAUUUUCCAUUGAUACUUCCACAAGAUAUUUUUGCUUGUGCAUUUUUAACGACACCUUAAAAGGAAGGGCUUUUUUACUGGGCCAUAAACAUACACUCUUCGAAUCAGUGUUUCAUAGCUGGGGUCUUUCUUUUGGUUGAUUGACUCUGGUGAAUGAACACUGACUUUAUUUUUAUUUUAGGCUUACACUUAUAUAUUGAACAACGUUGUACUUCGAUUUCACUUCGAUUAAUUUUUUUCAUUUUGUAGCCAUAUGAGAACAAAAUAUUUUUACACCUGAACUUGAUUCCGUGUACACUUUUCUACGAGACAAUAAUUUACGAUUAUCUGUGUGUCAGUUUAUUCUAUGUCAACGCAUAAAAGCAGAUAUAUUUUUAAGUACUCGUCAUUCAAGAUGUUUUAAAAAUCGAGGCGACAAUUUAAAAAUGUGUUCUUCAUAUUUUGGUGAGCAAUAUUCUCAAGUCGACACACCCUUAUUUUAUUUUAAUUGAAAAUGGAAGUUUAAUUCAGUCACCAGAGAAAUUUAUGAUAAUAUAAAUUAUUCUUAGAAUCUGCCUUUCAAAUACAAAUAUACUAUGGAACUGUAUAUUAAUAAGACAGUUAAAUAUUGAAGCUUGCUGGCUUUGAACUGUUUUGAUUUUAUAAUAGCUUUGACUGCCUACAUGCAGUUCUAGCCUGCUUUUCAAUUUGCGUUUGACACAUCAAAAUGAAAGACAAAACAAAACAUACAGGUGCAAUACAUUUUUCUUGCUGCUGUCAGGUGCAAAUUAACAAUUUAUCUUUGGACACUGAUAUUUCAAAGUAAUAAAUUAAUUAUUUACAUGUAGAUUAUGGUCAUUCAACAUCCAGAAUGGACCUGUAUAUAACCUAAGUGCUAAGAUUUUGUUUGAGAGCAUUUAUGAAUAGGAGGUAGUUUUACACAGGUCUGUUAUUAGUUAUUAGAAGGUAAUUGCAGCCUGAAUCCUUAUAAUGGCCUUUUCAGUAUUUCUUUGCUUAUCUAGUCCAUUAUUUUCUGGGGAACCCUGAUGCACUGUGGUGUUAUUUCAUCUGUAAUCAUAACUAUAACAAAAUUGUCAAAUCUGAUGAUUGGCUAUCAACUGCCCUGAUUUCAGCCUUAAUUGGACAGUUUAAUAGGACAGUACGGGUCAUGCCUAAGUAAUUGGACAAUACACGCCAUCACGCGUGCGCUUAAAUGGCUUUUUUUUUCACUGUUAGCAAAAACAUCUCUUGCGUUUUGGUUUAAAAAAGAGCCUAAUAUAUCACAAAUUUUGUAAAGUUAUGAUUAAUUGGUAACAGAACUUCGUGUCGUCCAAUUCGGUCUGUAAUCAUACUCGUGAUUAAACAAAUCGGACUCCCGCUAUGCGGUCGUCCGAUUUUGUUAAUCACUCGUAUGAUUACAGACCGAAUUGGACUCCACUCAGUCCUGUUACCAUUACUUAUUGCGGGACUCUUCUUGGCAUGAAGUGCACAGGAGAGCACCAUGGGUAAUAAAAUUUGGUUAUCCAGUAUGUACCCAAGAACUUUUGGUUGGAUUUUGGGCAAAAUUGUAUGUCUAUCCAUCUGUCCAUACUACAGUCGAACCUCCCGUAUUAAAGCGACCACCCAAAAUGCAAAGGCUUGGUGGUCUCUCACAGGGGGUUGGUUGCUUACGAGAGUCGGACUGCAAGGUCAAAAUUUUUAAGUCAACUUAGAAUGGAGUGGUAUGUUUACUUACUGAAAGUUUACUCUCCCCUGACAAUUGCUGGAAGUUUUUAUGACAAAAUCAUCAGCCAUUGUAUGUGACGGUUCAUUUACAGAUCUGCAAUUAAUUCAAUGACACCUUCCUUUUUGUCCAUUUUUACAAUGUACUUAGCUGUUUAGUAUGACCACGUGUCAAGUGGUCGCUUACUGGAGGGUGAAAACAAUAGAAAAUUCUAAAACUGUCAGCCGAAAAAGUGGUCAUGGUUGCUUACGGGAGGUGGCCGUUUAUGAGAGGUUCUAGUUUAUGGCUUUGAGUGAAAAUAUUUUUGCUGUUUUGCGAAGGUGGUUGCUUAUGGGAGGUGGUUGCUUACGGGAGGUGGUCUCACAUGGAGGUUUGAUUGUAUGUAUGUUCACCCCUUGAUGUUAGUGAAUGUCACUUACUAACUUAGGUUGUUUACCAUUGACAUGAGCAAACUGGUCGGUCCAUGAUUUGGGCAACUGGCACCCAAAAUUCAGCACUGGUACAUUUUGUCACGGAUUUGCAUUUACUAUUUGUACAAAUCAGGGAUCUUGCGUAAUUUGUGCACCCCCUCGGACGAGUAUCGUGUAGCACUAUUGGCUGAUAUGUCGAUCGACUCUUGAUUGCCAUAUCAGUCGACUGUUGGUUGACAUGUUGUUGGACACUCGAUCGAUAUGUUGGCCAGUGUAUUAAGGUGGCUCGAUACAGUUUCUUAGGGUGAAUACCUCCCACGUUUGAGCGUAAACUAUGUUGCCAUAAACAAAGAUUUGGAAAAAUUAACACCACAGUUGUAUUAAAUAAAGAUGAAACUUUGUUAUGAUCAGAUUUGCAAUGACAUCGUAGUUGUUAUGGCAACGAAAUGAUGCCAUUACCUAUUUUACUUGCAGCAGUAUAUCUCGGCUCUGGGAACUGUUCUUCCAAAAUCGUUUACUAAAGUUUUUUCCUACAAUAGUCGCCUCGAUGUUCGUGAAGUUUAAGCGCAAUCUGUAAGAGCGUUAUCGAGAUAUUUUGGGAAGAAGUUUUUAUGUUUAGAAAUACGGUAAAAAAUGGACAAUCUUGAUGUUCGACUGUUAUCUGUGCUAAACGAAGCGCUUUUGACAUGCAAUUUCACCUCAUAGUAGUUUCAAUCUUUUUAAAAACGUGUGUGAAAGAUCAUUGAGAUACCUCCAGCCGAUUGCUAGAAAGAAGGAUUUGAUUAGCAUGUAUCGGGGCGCUCUUAUUAGAAAUAUGUAAACAUUUCGGUCUACUUUAACAAAUUAGCGAAUAAUUUUUAAAGCGCUCGAUAAAUUUUUUAAAAAAUUUAAGAGUCUUGAGAUAAACCGUCCUUUUAUAUGACCUCUUAGUUUCAAGAUUAUUGAUAUAUUGUAAGGUAGUAAAAUAAGCGCUUCAAUUCGCUAAUAUUUUGUCAGAAAUUUUGUCUUUACAAGUGAGAGUCUCUGAUUAUUCGGGGGUAUUGUCUCAAGGUUUCAUUUUCACGUGAACAGCAGUAACUAACAAUGCACUUGACAUAUGCAAAAAUGCUAGCUAUUGUUGUGCACGAAAAUAUGAAUUUUGGAGACAAUACCUCUGAAUAAUGAGAGGCUAUCACUUGUGUAAUAUAAUAUGUGCUUUAAAAUCAGAAUAGGGGAGCUGGGUUUCAGUGUUACACAUGAGAUAUCGUGGUUCAGGAGUUUGAAAAUAGUUUCUGCUCUGUUGUUUGUCUCAUUCCACGUCAGUCUUGCCAUGUGAACUUGUUGGAUUUCUGCCGUGUGUUAUAAUGUUAGAUUGUUUUUGAAUACUUUUCAAAGGUGAUGCCAUAGUGGUCCCUAUUUUUUUCCCCCAAAAAAUUGCGCACACUUGAAAUUAUACUUGCACAUUUAUAGUCAAGACUGGUAAAAGCCACCAAAGCCCCUUAAAAAUUGCUGCAUGGACAAUGUAACAACAAAAAUUUGAGAAGACAAAAAAUGUACCAUCGACUAAGUAGCAGUGAAGUAUUGCCUGAAUGUCGGUAGCCCAUCGAUCGAUAUGUCGGCCGACCAUCUGUCAACAUACUGACCAACACCAUCAGCUAAUUUGUUGGUCGACAUGUUGGCCGAGAGAUCAACCAGGAUUCGGCUGAUAUGUCGAUCGAUAUGGCAACUGAUAUGGCAACCAAGAGUUGGCAGACAUAUUGGCUGACAUGUUGAUUGUGUAUCGGCCGAUAGUGUCAACCAAUACUUGGCCUAGGGGUGCACAAAUUACACAAGAUCCCAAAUCAGUUCUAUUUCAUGAAAAACAACUGCGAAAACCUGAAACUGUCAUCAAAGAUGGCUUUUAAGCUAGAAAUGGAACAUCAAUUUCCACUUGGAAUAUUCUGUCCAGAAAAACAGGACUACCUUUUCAGAAGUUCCAUUGCUCCCAGAAGUUUUCUGCUAGAAUGACUCCAAAAGUCAGCUUCCACUUGCUUUCCAACCGGAAAUGGUAAACAUCCUUGUAAAUGGUACCAAAAAAAAUUGUAAACAGUAAACAACCUUGGAGUCCACGUUAUACCGUAAAAUUCAAAAAAUAAGCCCUGGGGCUUAUAUUUUUCAAAGGCCCUUUUUGAGGGGCUUAUGUAUGGAGGGAAAUUUGCGUUUCAAAAUCAUCUGGGCUAGCUUGUAGUGGGAAGGAAAUUAACCAUUUUUGCUUUGUUUUACUUGGUAUUCGAGGGCAAAUUCCAAGUACAAGCCCCCAGGGGGCUUAUAUUCGGAGGGGCGAUUUAACCGAGGGUUUUUGCGUUACGAUUUUGGGGGGCUUAUAUUUGGAGGGGCUUAUACACGGAGGGGCUUAUUUUCGCAAUUUUACGGUAUAUCUAGUAAGUUAAACUUAAUAUUUGGGAUCCAUGUUAUGGUCAAUAUUGACAGCUAUAAAAAAGAGUGUCCACUGACCAGUGUCACAUGACUGUAUUACAGGCUCAGGUGUCCAUUUCAUUGAGGUGACAUGUUUUUUUAAAGGUUUUUGCUGACCGAACAAUUAUUGGCUUUCAGCUGGUAGCAGGCUCCUAGGGGGUGGGGGGGUGGUACUUCGGAUUUCAAGUGAUCGAAUUAGGGGCAAAAAUCGAAACCCGAAAAAAUUCUCAGGACUUCAAACAAAACCAAAAAAUCCCAUGCGGAAUUUCCUAGCUAUAAAAUUUCCAGAAAACAUUAAAUGAGAUAUAACACAAAAAAUAGAAACAUAAGUAAUGGAAUGUUUGUGUUUGUUUAUUCAUUUCUCCAUCUCUCAAGACACCCAAGAACAUAUUCUGUUACAACAGUAACAUUAUGGAGAAUGACAACUCUAAACUACGCGGCCAGGAUACGCAGGAACUAUCAAGAUUGUUCAGAUUGUUUUGAAUACCCCAAAAAAUCUCUACUUAAAAUCUGGAGUCCUCCCCUGGGGGCAGGCUAACUUCCAUUUUGUUUAGGAGGGAUUCAGCUGAAAGAUCCCACAAGAGCUUCUCUUUUGACCUUGCCUAAAUUUAUACUACAAUUUAUUCUUCAUUGAAAGAAAAAAAGGUUUUCUUGAAAUAAACUAGACUGAUGUGGCAUUCUUAUCCUUUUAUAUAGUUUAGCCUUACACCCAGAUAAACAGUUGGUAGCAACUGGACAAGUUGGCAAAGAUCCAUACAUCUGUGUCUGGGACACACGGUCAUGUCAGACUGUAUCAAUCAUGAAAGACACCCACCAAAGGGGAGUCACAUGCUUGGCAUUCAACAGUUCCGGCACGGUAAGCUUUGCUGUGACAUGCAGGUAAACCACACAACUGCCUUAUUGAUAACUGCUAAAAAUAGGUAUUGUUUGCAUUCCUGCAUUUGGAAACUAAAUUGGAUACAAUAGCUUUGAAAUUACUACCACAAUUUUAUACAUUUAAUUUUUAUCAGAUAAACUGGUAUGAAUUGUAAUUAUAAUAAUUAUUAUAACAUGAAAAUAUUGGUUUCUCUCAGUUAGUAUAAUCUCUGUGGUUAGUUAUAGUCUGGUGGGCCAUUUUCUACUCUGUGGCCUGCUUGUGGUUAUUUCUCCUUGUCUUGCAAACCUUGUUUUCUUUGUGCAUAAUUUAAGAUGUGGAGCCUCUGACUUUCUCCUAGGGAAGAAUUCCUUAUCACUCACACAUUUCUUCCUUGGGCUGCUAUGAUGUAACAAACUUCGUCCAUUCAUGUCGGUCCAUGCAUGUGUACUGCCACAUAAUUAUCUCUCUAACUGAGUUUGAGGUCUGUACUGUAAGUGACACGAUGAAUUCUUUUUCGCCUAGAAUAAGCCAUUUACAGUUACAAAUGGAAACAAGGCUGUAGUUGACUUCAUUUUGAUACAACCAUUCCUGCUUUAUUAGCAUUUAUUAAAUCAUGGCAUUCUUAUGCAAACUAGUAUUUUUUAAGCAUAAUUUCGAUGAGAAAAAGGAGGAGGUUUGUGUCAAUUUUUGUGAGUAAGCCAUAAAUCUGAGCACCUAAAAUAGGGACCUUCUGUAAGUUCCUUAGAUAUGAGGAUGAACCACCCCCUCUUACGGCACUGAACUAACUCUUGUGCAGACGUAGUGUCCAUCUCCAUGCACCACUUAGUAAAUUGAAGCCAUGUGCCAUUAUGUUGGCCUUACCACAUCUACGUAAUGUACAUGUAUGUGAUAGAGCUGUUUAACUCACAUCAAACCUUUUUUUGAAGGACCAUUGGCAAGACUCCUUGUACUUACAAACUGAUUGUAAUGCUGUUUGUAACAUUUUCAGCUGCUUGUGUCUGUGGGUCUGGAGGACUAUCAUCUGAUUGCAGUUUGGGAUUGGAAAAAGGGACGUGUGUUGGCUACAGUGAGGGGACACACUGAUCGAGUGAGUAGUUUUGAGCAGUGUUAAUUAUUUUAAACAGUCUACUCAACAGGGACAUCGUUACUUCACAAUAUUUAUUUUAUUGAACUUGUAUAGACAACAAAUUCUGCAUUGGCUUUUUGGCCCCACAUGUCUUUUUGUAAGUUUUGAUUGUUGCAUUAAUAAUUAUUAGUCAAACAUAAGUUGCUGCUUUGCAGUCUUUCCUUCAGUCUUCUCUUGUUUCUUCCUGUAGAUAUUUGACAUUCAGUUGAACCCAUAUCAAGAGAAUUUGUUGGUUAGCUGUGGAGUCAAACACAUCAAGUUUUGGACCCUCUGUGGAAAUGCACUAAAUCCUAAAAAAGGUCAAUGAUUCAGACUUAAUUUCUUCCUAUUUCUUCUAAAAUUUAAAAUCCAUUGUAAUUAAAUACGUCAGUUGAAUGAAAUGAAUUGUUACCACUGGUUAUCAAACCUAAUGUCAUCUUCAAAGUUAAACAUGUGCAUGAAAAGAAUGGGCAAUUUAAAGAAUGGUGCUUAUACUUGUAUAUAAUGAUUUCUCCAGAAUAAGAGAGGUAAUUUUAUAGAUCAUUUGAACCACACAAUACUAACCUUAUACAGAACAUAUGCAAGGGGACUAUUGCUGUAUGAUUCAUACUCUUCCUCUUCUUAUGACAACUCUAAAACAUCUGUCACACCUGUUUUAUGUGGACAGUUCUAUGAUCAAUAUGGUCACCUCUUCAUGCAUACAGUUGAAUCCGUCUCUUUGGUUUCUACAGUGAAUAUUAAUAGAGGAUCAAGUGUUAUGUUACAUUUGAUAUAACUACUCAAAGGAAAACAACUCAUGCAUGAUAUACUGGUACUUUUGUGGACACCAGAGAGACAGACUCAUGCAAGUAGAUAGGUUAUAGAUGUGUCUCUAUAAUUAUAAGAAAAUUGGCUAGAAAUUGUGUGAAGUUUUGAGUGCAUUAUAAUUACAUCAAGAGGAGUAUGUAAGCAGUGUACCUGAUAAAGUAGCCACUGUUUGUAAUAGUUAAGUACUUAAGUACUUUGUAAGAGUUCUCUUGUUUAUGUUGUAGGUAAAAUCUUAUUUGCAGACUUAAAGCAGUAUCCAACGUUGUUUGAUCCAGAAUUUCCUUUAUUUUGUAGCCCUACAUUGUAAUUACAGCGCUGUACUCAUAGGAGACAAAGGGCAUUUCUGGUGAACCUGUGAGAAUGAAUAUUUACCAACAACAUAAAAUUAUAAGCAUUAUUCUAAUGUUUAAUACUCCUACAGGUGUCUUUGGCAAGGCUGGAGAAAUUCAAACAAAUCUUUGUUUAGCAUUUGGUCCUAAUGAUGUGACAUUUUCUGGAACUCUUAGUGGUGAAAUUUACAAAUGGAAAGGUCAUAACCUGGCAGGAUCCAUCCCAAAUGCUCACACCGUAAGUGAAUUAUAAAUUCCAACUGUUUUAUUCACUUUGAGUGAUAGUGAUGGAUAUGCAUGUAAACAGUUUGAAUACUCAGGUUUAAUGCUAAACUUGAUUCACUAAUUACAUGUAAGAGCUGAUGCUGACUAUCAUUACAAGCUGCAGCCUCGAUUUUUGGGACGAAGCACAUUCAGUUUCUGGUGUGCAUCAAACACACAUCACGUGUAAUAUUAUCCAGAGGGAGAGCCAUGGAAGAAAAUUACGAUAACAAAGUAAAUUUCACUUAAAACCAACAUUACCUGUCGUAAGAUUGGGCAAACCGGAUGAAAGCCAAAGUGCAAAACAAAACAAAAUUCUGAUGAGUCAUCAAAACUAGUCACUCACUCAUGCCCAUGAACACCAUCAGGCAUGUAGGGCAGCAACAAAGGAUUGUCACCCCUGUCUGUUCUGGGCCAGCUUCUGAAUGGUUCCGAUGACUCUAGAUGCCCAUCACACCCAGUAGCGUCGAUUUCCUCUGUUGCUGUUUCUGUAACAGGAGUGUUUUUACAGAACAGGUUUGUUAGUUCUGUAUCCAGCCCCCAAUGUGGAGGACCAGUGGAUCCUGCUUUGUCAGGCCUCUACCCCUCGACAUGUCUGGCAUGGGUGGUUGUACCAGGAAACGAAUCUCCUGCCAGCAUAGCUCUAGGGGUUACUGAGACACGCAAGCCCACCGACCGCGACGUGUAGGUGAUCCUUCGGUAGGAUCAGAUCUAAUGAUCUGUAGAAAACAGCAACUUCUGGCUGGCAUAUGAUUGAUUCCAAAAAAUCUACUGAAUUAUCCAAACUAACACAAUGCGGGAAAACUGCAACUAGUCUAGGACCUGGCUCCACAUUGGGGGAAAAAGGAGGGAAAAAAAUGGUGUGGGUGAAAAAAAAAAAUUUGGCUAGUGAAGGAAGCCGAGCAGUAGUCUGGGAAUGGGAAAGGGUGGGAGAGCCUGGAGACAUGCCUUAAAUGCCGCCAAUCUGCCCUCCAGCAAAUAAGCUGUCAUUGAAAUAUUAACACGUCAAGUUCUCAUCACGGAUAUUAGCCUGCGUGUAUUAUUUCACUUUUUAAAAAAAAUAUUUGAAUACACACAGAUGAAGUAAGAUUGUAUAGAAAUCUUCUUAACUUUGAUUGCCAACUGGAGUAACACCAGCUUUGGCGAGGUGAAAUAAGACUCAAAUAAAGACAUUUCAGAGGAAAAUGUGCUGUGUGUGAUGGGUGUAGAACAGCCAAAUAGAUUUUCAAGGAGAUCCCUCAAGUUUGCGUUACAAUGCUUGUUGACAUAACUUGGUACCAGAGGAAAUUUUGCUCAGUAGAGUUUAUAUCCUGUGGAGGAAAAAUGAGUAAGUUUAGCACCUUAUGCGAAGACUAUUCAGUUCGAGUGUACAUGUAUUCCUUUUGAAUUUGUUGUCCGUUUUAUAAGGUUUGUCUAAUCAAAAUUAUGUAAAAGUUAGUAAUAAUCAUUUUCCUCAACCACUGUUAUCUCUCUUGCAUGCAUGGCUUUUAGCGUUCAUGAAGUCGUUGGCGUUGCUUGUCAGUUGGGUAGUUAGUUUCUUAACUAUGCUAAUAACAAGCAAUGCGAACAACUUCAUAAACUCUAAAAGCCAUGCAAGAGAGAAUCCACUGCUUGCAGAGUCUCCAAACAGUUGUGGUUUGCGCGUUCUCGGAGCACAAGGUUUACCUGUAUGCAACAUGUAUUCUGUAAAUAUAUCCACGCCUUUGGUAUGAACAUGAUUUUAAUGCUGUGCCUUUUGAAUGUCAGUUUAUAACUCAAUCGCUUUGUAAAUGUGACCUUAGUUUAUCGCAGGAGAGUACUUAUAGGAAAAGUUUGAUAUUUGAAUGCUUUUUUUUCUUUUUGCAACAGACCAAAGGCAUAUUUUUUGUUCUUCUUUGAGCCAAGGGAUAAGCAAUAAGUCUCGCAAAGAAAUUUGUAUUGCUUGCUCGAAAUCUGUGUUUUUUUAAAAAAAAUAUUUUUCUGAAUAAUUGAAGAAGCGUGAUCCUGAAAGAGUCCAAUAUGGUCAACAGCACCACAAAUCUGUCAACGUUGGGACUUUUGACCAAUCAGAGCAUGAUACCAGAAUCUGGUGUUAUGGAAUGGCAGCAUCAAAGGCAUCUCUUCAGGCUCUGCCACCCUUUCCCCCCUUCCCAGCCCAUUGCUUUCCUAAAAAUCUACUGAUUAUUCAAGCUAACACAAUUUAAGAAAGCUGCAAAUGGCUAGCUAAAACACGAUUGAUUUAAGCUAUGACUUUCCCCCUUUUAAAAAAUGGUUUCUCUUCACCUCUUAAGCUAGAGUGCACCCCGUGUAAACCAACCCCAAGCUCAUCUAUUGGUGAUGAGUUUAACCGUAAGAAAAAUCUCUUUUCAACUUUUAACCUUGGCCUGUAAAACAAGAGAUAGAGAGGAAAACCUACUUAGUAAAACUAACUUAAUACUCGGAAAACUGGCGUUUAUUAAAUGGACUGUCUCAGAUCAAUCAUAGAAUCACAUUUUUUGGGGGAUAGUAUUGCGUGACUUAUGUUUGCAUCAACUUUGUGUAUAGUAUAAUUAUUUUUCAACAAUUUUCUUAUCCAAAAAGAUAGUCUUGGUUGAUCGUAUACAAAGAAUUGCCGGUUGCCAAGUCAUAAUGGUGAAAAAGAAGAUGGGAUAUCCUAAAUGUUGCGCAUUGUUGUAGAUGGUUUGAGCAUUUUGGCAGGAUCAGACUCUUGGCAGCAUUUCUAAAUGCCCCUUGAAUUAUAAUAUUUGCACGUUAUCAAAUAGUGAUCGAGGAUCUACACAACCAUGAUUCCUGUGUCGUCAAAUCGGUUUCAGUGAUGUCAAGCUUAAUCCUGUGCUCGAACUCUCGAACUCCACAUGUGAGAGCCAUAUAUCGGUGAACACAGCUUCAGUUCCUCGGACAUAAUGCCAAGUAAUAUCCAGAAACCAUUGCUAUAUUGAACUAUUGAACCCAUUUCAACUGCAGUAUGUAACUUACUGAAUAUUACUUUGGCGGGAUGUUUGAUGGGACCUUCAUCAAGUGCCAGACUUUACCAUUUGCUUAACCAAAAAAUAUUUCUUAUUUUGAAGACUUUGCGACAAGACCCUUUUUUAGCGCAAACCAUGAAGUAUUUUCAUGAAGCAAUUUUGUCGAGAAGAAUAGCUCAGUUAAAAUAUCUUACUGUGGCAGUAUAUAUUCAGCGUGUAGUGUAUAAGCUCUGAUGUUUGAUGCAAAUUGUACCCUGUCCUAAAAGUGAGUGUAUUGACUGAUGAACUGACAGAAAGCGAUUAAUGCGCAUACCUGGUGUGCGCAAGGAAGUGUGUGAACUAAUUACAAGAAUAAUGCCUUGUGGUUACUUGAGUCCAUUUUGUGGGUAUUUCCUUGGUGAAAAAGGAUGCCUAGUGCAUGCACAAAAACUGACUUUGCGGCUUGUAACGAUUAUGCUCAUAAGAAAUAUUGGAAAGAAACACUUUUAAUGAGAUUCUCAGACAGCUAAGAAAAAAGGUAUCUGUAUAUUUGAUAGCAGAUUUUGUUUGCAUUUUUUUAAGGGUGCGAUUUUUACAAUGCAUAGUAAUAGUGAUGGAUAUGCUACAGGAUCAAAGGAUGGAACUGUUAUCCUGUGGGAUAAUGACUUUAAACCCAUCACAAAACUGGACAUGAUUAACUCUCCUGUUGGUUACGAAGGUAAUCUGAAAAAAAACAUUUAAGUGUAUUCACCUCUAUGUCAUUUACUCAGAAGAUGGCCUUGUAGUGUAGAAAAUUUCUGAAAAUCUGCAAUAUAUAGGAAUUUAUAUUUCAUACUGUCCAGGUAAGUAAAGUCUCAAAUCUUGGAUACUUCAGUUUUAAGGAAUAAUGGUUAAAUAAUUAGUGAAUGAGUAUUUUAUUAUGCUGAGUACUGUGGGUUGACUUGCAUGAGCUUUAUUUUUCACUGGGUCCUAUUGACCUAUUUCUUUUCUUCCCCUCUCAUUACCCCCAACACGAUUGUUUCACUCAGCCAUCCCCAUGAGAUUCUGGUUUUCUUUAUUUAGAUUAGAAGGCGGUUUUGACUGUAACAGUUGAAAUUACCCUGUGAAGCAAUGUUAAAUGUAAGUGCAAUUUUCUUUGCCAGGAUUGUCUGUGAGGAGUACUUUCUGGUCAGGUGAAAAAAUCCUUGUUGGUACAAACGCUGGAGAGAUUUUUGAGGUCUUUGCAACAGAAAAAGACAAACCAAGAACUAUUAUACAGGUCAGUAUUACCAGUAAUGUAAAUUAAGGGUAUUUUAAAGAACAUCUUAGCACCCAUGCAGAGAUGUGUAGAUGAAACUGUGAUGCUUUGUGCCAUUCUUACUGCCGUUUCCAUUUGGGGUUGCUUGCACUCCUGCAACAUUUUCACUCCCAGGAGUGCCAAAAAUAAAAAUAAUAAUAAUAGAAAUAAAAAAAACAUGAAGAAAAAUUAAUUUUGAAUGCCAUUAAAAAAACAAAAAGUUCCUCAGGAAAGUACUUCAGGUUUCAUUUGAGUGGCAAAACAGUAGGAUUUCGUCCAGAGCUGUAUAUCAACAGAACUCAUACAGAAAAAAGUCCUCAUGGUGACCAACACCUCAUUUCUAAUGAUCACGUCACUGCUAAAUCAAGUCUCAAGGUUAUGCGAAUCCUAGAACAGUGUGAUUAUAGGCCCAAGGUGCAAUGAGCUAUCACCCCAUUUAGUGGGUUGGUGGUGGUGGUGGUGGUGGUUAUGGCUCUGAGGGGGUUACUUGUAGAAGAGGAAUAAUAAAUAUUACCUUUCACUCUAGUGAAGCCAACUUAUUCUUGAACAAUAUGUUUUGCCAGGUCAUAUUCGACUUGGUAUCAAACCAAGACAGCUUUUGAUGUAACUUUUGUGUUAUAAUGUUAGGGCCAUGCUGAAGGAGAACUCUGGGCUUUAGCAGUUCAUCCCAAGAAACCAAUGUUUGCCACUGGCAGUGAUGACAGGAGUGUAAGGUUAUGGAGCAUGUCUGACAUGACGUUACUAGCACGAACAGACUUGAAUCAAAAGGCUCGUUCUUUAGGCUUUAGUCCUGAUGGCAGUCAUUUAGCUGUGGGCCUUGGAGAUGGAUCAUUCAUGGUCUUAAAAGCAAGGUAUGAAGCCAAUUGAUGUUUGAGUGAUCUAGAGUUCUUGCCAAACCUUUUCAAUAUGAAGAGAACAGUUCCUUUUGUUAAGUGCUAGAUUGUGGUACCCCUUAAAAAUCUUUACUGGUUUCAAUUUACUUUAAAGUUGCAUACAUGUCUUUUAAAAAGCUACGUGGGAGAUUAAUCAUUUUUUUGCAAUUUGUUCAGAAUAGUACAGACUUGUGACUCUUGGUUAUUAUCAAGUUUUUUAUUAUUAAGUAACAUCUGAUUUUUAUUUAUGAGGUGUCAUCAGAUUCUGAAAAGGCUCAUUUCUUAUAACUGGAUGAGGAUCAUCUCGGCAACUGCUACAGAUGUCAAAACAUCCAUAAUCUGUUAGCUGUUCAGUUGACACAUUAAAGAAAUUAUCGGUCUAACAUGAAAUUUCUUGCUGUCAAGAGAGUAGUUCAUAGUGUUCUUGAUUCCAAUUAGGGACUUGUCAGAAGUUACACAUAUAAAAGAUCGUAAAGAGGUUAUCCAUGAAUUAAAGUACUCUCCUGAUGGCCAGCAUCUUGCAGUAGGAUCCAAUGACAACUUUGUAGACAUUUAUUCUGUGACGCAGCGCUACAAGAAAGUUGGCGAGUGUAAAGGCAGCUCUAGUUUCAUUACUCAUUUAGACUGGUCUAUGGAUAGUAAACAUUUGCAGACAAACUCUGGCGCUAGUGAGAGAUUAUUCUUCAAAAUGCCAAGUAAGUUUAUGACUUACACCAAACAAACUAAAAAAUUAUUAAGGCAUAUUUCCAGUUGCCUUAGUGAUGCAAGGCACAAUACAGCUUCUUAAUGAUCUGUUACGUGCAUUUCUCCAGUAUACAGUGGAACCUCGAUAUAACAAAGGGCUAAUAUCGAGGUUCUUUUCCAUAUAUUUUACUAUCGAGAACUUCGUUAUAUAGAGGUUCGUUAAAUCGAGGUUCCACUAAGAAAUACUUGCUGACACAUUUGUCGAAAGUUGUUGUCUGUUAGCAUAGAGAGAAACUUUGCUUAAGAGCAAGGAAUAUAAAAAAAAUGAAUGUAUGUUAACUGUCCUUCUCUGCUUUCUUAAAGAAUGACGCUUUGAAAAAUUUGAAACUUUGCAGUUAAAUCGUGUGGUUCUACUCGAGUCUUGCAAUCUCGUUCCCUGGGCUUUUCCCUUAGAAACCCACCCAUUUUCUUAGGGAAAAGCCCUGGGGAGAAGAUUGCGAGUUUUGAACAUUUUGUUAUAAUACUUCUUUCUGUAAUUGCUAGGACUGUAGACUACGAAACGUUGGGUUGUAUUAUUUUUAUUACACAUGCCAGAAUAUUGAUAUCCCAGAAGUAACCUAUUAGCAUUUCAGCAUCAACUAUCUUGUAUUUGAAUUUUUCUUCUAAGGUGGAAAGAGGAUAGCGAACAAAGAAGAGAUCAAGGCAAUUCACUGGGCGACAUGGACAUGUGUUUUAGGUGUAGAGGUGAAUGGUAUCUNAAUCUCGUUCCCAGGGCUUUUCCCUUAGAAACCCACCCAUUUUCUUAGGGAAAAGCCCUGGGGAGAAGAUUGCUAGUUUUGAACAUUUUGUUAUAUUACUUCUUUCUGUAAUUGCUAGGACUGUAGACUACGAAACGUUGGGUUGUAUUAUUUUUAUUACACAUGCCAGAAUAUUGAUAUCCCUGAAGUAACCUAUCAGCGUUUCAGCAUCAACUAUCUUGUAUUUGAAUUUUUCUUCUAAGGUGGAAAGAGGAUAGCGAACAAAGAAGAGAUCAAGGCAAUUCACUGGGCGACAUGGACAUGUGUUUUAGGUGUAGAGGUGAAUGGUAUCUGGGAGAAGUACACAGAUACAAAUGACGUCAAUGCUUGUGAUGCAAGCUUCCAGAAUGAGGUUUUAGUCACUGGUGAUGACUUUGGCCUCGUAAAGCUUUUCAGAUUUCCCUGUCUAAAGAAAGGUAAGCUUAAAGAUAAUCAUCUCAUAGAUCAGUGCUAGCAGUAUGGAUCAACAAAGGUUGACAAUCUUGAACAGGGGGAGCAGGUGAUAAAGACCAGGGAAUUUACAAUAUUGGCCGGCUUUCUGGAGGGUUUGCAUUGUGGACCAUGAGGUGAACAUUAUUGGCCAGGGAAAAGCUUCUGCUUCCCUGAAUGUGCAAAAAGCAAACUUUGAAGGUGCUUUUACCUUUUUCUCUGUUCCUUUUGCGCUCUCUUUCUGCUUUUCGCAUAGUGAUUUAGGAACACUUGGAAGUGUUAACGAAUGUAUUGUUCAAUGACACGUCCAGUCGAGUUUUCCAUUGAAUUUACUACGUUUUUGGUAUGCGGCUCAUCCAAUUUCCUAGAAUUGCCUUUUUUUGCUUUCUUUGGAAGAUUCUUACUGCAGAAGCUGUAUUCAAGGGCCUGUUUCGAUUUUCUCUAGAAAUGUUAACAUGUAAGUAAAUUAAUGUAUUCAACUACUUUUUUACAGGUGCUAAAUUCAGGAAGUACGUUGGACAUUCAGCUCAUGUGACAAACGUUAGGUUUUCUCAUGACAUGAUGAGAGUGAUUAGCGUAGGUGGCGGAGAUCACGCAAUCUUCCAAUGGCGUUACUUACCUGACGGUUCCCAUGGUGAUGAUGGUGAUGACGUCGAUGGUGGAGCAUACAUGGAGUCGUGCAGCGAUGAGAGUGACUCCGAAGCUUCGGAUGCUGAUGAACUUGACAGUGAUAUUGAGAAUGUAAGUUACAGCUCACGUGUCAACAAGAUUGUUUAUUAACCCUUUCGACCAUAGAAUUUUCACCUUAAAACACGCUUUUUAAGACUAAAGGUAUUUAAAACUUUUUUGCAAGUGGGAAACUACGCUAGCUUUCGUUUCUAGCGCAAAUAUACAGCAAACGCUGAAGAACAUGCGGUGUUAUUUAAAAAUAACUAGCAGCGGAAUUUUCUUUGCACUGAAUUACCAGUUUACUUUGCCUUUAUCUCUAGACUGCUUGAAAAACCACUGUCAUUUUAGCAUCUUCGGGAGGGUUUCUCGAUUUUUUUUGCUGCGUGAAACGGUCGUUGAAUCUGAUGGCGUCAUUAGUGACACUAGAAUCUUGGUUUCACCACGUGGCCUACGGGAUUUCCAGGUACAAAGAGAUUAAAAGAUUGCCUUUUCAUUCAUCCCUGAAGCGUCUAUUAAUCCUCAAUGUAGGAACGUCAAAUUGAUUAUGGAAGGACACUGUAUCGUGAAGAUUUACCAGCCCUGAAAGAAAGAAUAAAACAGUCAAGAGAUGAACAAGAAAAGGAAGAAAACGCCCCGCGUCAAAAACCUCCCAGUGAGGGGUUGAGAUUAGAGUUUGUGUUCGGGUAAGAGAUGCAUUUCCGAAUAUUUAUUCAGUACAAUAGCACUGACCUCUGUAGUAUUAAUUUCAUAUUACAGGUAAUGAAGGCUGCCCCGUUAAGCAGGGCUUACAAAGUAAGGCUUGAUUCCCAGCUUGUUCGUUGGGCAUGCAGUUUUCAGAUCUAGCGGGGCCAUUUGCUUGUUUGGCUCAGUUAGUCAGUUAGAGUUAGAUGAUUUGCCUGGACCCUUAUUUCGGUAACGUGACAUAUUUCCUUUUCCCCUACCGUCCCCAAUAGAGACAACAGAAAAUAAACCACAGAAAACCCGUUCCCUCCCGUCUCAUUAAUCUUUCUAACUUUAUUUUUUUUAGGUACCGUGGCUACGACUGUAGGAACAAUCUUUUCUACACUCAGAGUGGCGAGAUAGUGUAUCAUGUUGCUGCUUUGGGAAUUGUAUAUGAUCGUGAGCGUCAUAAGCAGAGAUUCUAUAACGCCCACACAGAUGAUAUCCUUUGCUUGUGUAUUCACCCAGUCAGGGAUGUGGUGGCCACGGGACAGGUAAACAGCGAUCAUCUUCUUCAGUCCAGCUUUUUACAGGGCUUAAGAGCAAACAGCCAAAUCUUUCAACUGUUAAUCUUAGGUUUUGUCGGUGUGUAAAAAUUCAAUACAGUCAAUCCCCGUUAAUAAGGCCCCUAAGGGGGCAUAGAAAGUGUCCGUAUCAACGGGGUGUCCGUAUUAAGCGGGUUGAAUUUAGAGAAAAUGUAAGGGUUUUCUUACCCCAGGGACAAAGAAAACUGUCCGUAAUAUUGAAGUGUCCAUGUUAAGCAGGUGUCUGUAAAGCGGGGUUUGACUGUACGUUCAUUGAUAGAAAAUUACACAAGGAGUAGUCAACAUUUUUUCCCAGUGUUUUGACCGGUUAGAAACGAGGCUUGACCGAGCAAAAAUUUCGGAUCAUUAUACGUUUCUGGGAAACUGCCCACCCACCCCUCCCCUAAGCCAGCAUUGACACUUACCUCUCACUUAGGGCAAAACGUUGGCUUAGGGAAGGGUUAGGUGGGUAGUUUCCCAGAAACGUAUGCCGGUUAUCGCUUCCGGACAUCGUCCGAAAGUCAGUUGAAGCCCUUUAUUGUCGUCUUUACUUAAACGUGCCGAACUUCAUGUGACAAACUUAAAGGAGCUGCGUCAGGAAAUUUAGCCAAAUUCCAGCCACUAGCACCUGGCUAACAAAUUUAGCGAAACCUUGAAUAACAUUGACGGAUUGCUGGUUUGCACGUGACGUCACGGCGGCCAUGUUGGUGAUGUGUUAAGGUUUCGGAACAAAAACAUCUCUUUCCUCUGUGAACUAAACCGUAUUUUCAUGUAAAUUCUUCGAGAAAAAAUUCUGUUGUAUUGACCACCAAUACACCACCGACAUCGCCGCCUUGUCACGUGGUUGCAAGCCAAGAAUAGGAAUAAAGUGGGUUAGAUUUGCUGAGCAGUUCCAACUUGAAAUAGCCGCAUUAGGCCUUACUUGUGCACUCUCUGCUCUGCUGUUUCAAAACUGAACCGCCUUGAAUCUUUAUAGUAAUAGAGGAAUUUGUUGAAAUACCCCUCUCUCCACUGGUAAUUUGAUUGCUGAAUAACACCGCACUUAAUGGUAUUGAAAUGUUGAAAGUCCCACAAAAGCCACCGUUUUUAACACCUUUUUUUAAUUUGCAUAGUUUAUGCUGUUGGUCCGAAGUAGUUAACACUACUUGCUAUUGUUGUUAUAUUAUUUUAUGGUUUUAAUGUUACAGGUUGGACGCGAUCCCGCCAUUCAUGUGUGGGACUCAGUGAAAAUGGAAACACUAGCCAUUCUAAAAGGGCAACACGAGAGGGGCGUCUGUGCUGUGGACUUUUCAGGUUAUACUUGAAUACAAUGACUACUAGCAGAUAUUUUGUCAGUCAGUCUAGAGGGCAAGGAUGCGAGCGAAGGAACAUAGAGGGGACUGAGGGAGAGGUUUUCUCUUUCCGCCCUUUUCCAGUUUCCUCUCGUCUCGGAAUAUUUUUUUUUUCGUUCCUAGCUAGUGUCAUGCGCGGAAAAAAUCGAGUUAGAUGCUUAAUUGCUUUAGAAAAUGGAGAGAGGUUUUUUCGCAAAUCACAGACUUCCCCGGUACAUAACGAAACUAAUUUUGCAGAAGUGUUGACACUAAAAAAAUGUAAAGGUAAGGUGGGUUUGAAUUUUGAUCUUUUUUCAGGUGAUGGAAAGAAAUUAGCCAGUGUUGGGCUUGAUGAUAAUCAUGUCAUUGUAGUUUGGGAUUGGAAAAAAGGCGAAAAGCUAGCAACAACCAGGUAAUAAUAGACUGCUGUGGGUGAUUGCACUAAACGGUAUUUAAAACAACGAAAAUCGCUCUCAGAAACCAGUUAAGUCCAUUUAUUCAUAAUUAGAAACCUUGUUUACGAUAAACAGUGUUAUGAGGAUUUGGUCUGUUUGCUCUACAGAGUCAAUUAUCCAUCUAAAAUUGACCUAACAGCUGGAGCCUCCUGGUAACCGGCCGUUUCGAGUUCGCCAUGGCCGGUUUAAUUAAAGAACUCAAGACGCAUUUUUAUAGGGUUAAUCUCAGUCCGGAGUGGAUCUGUUUACUAAUUCCAGCGAGAGGUUAACCUGUUCAACACGCUAUGUAUGUUGUAGGCACUUUUCGGCCAGCAUCGAGCGUGAACAUUUCACUUCCGAGUGAGACCUGCUCUGUACAAAUGUUAUUGGCGUUUAUUUUCAGCGGUAAUUUUGAUUGGAAAAUGGAUUAUUAAAAGCAUACACAGUAUACAACAACAGGGUAGGAAAAUUUAGCUUAAUUGUAACAAAGUAAUUCAUGCUGACUAACGGAAAGUUUCAUUGACAAUUAGGAAUUAAUUUAAAAUUAAUUACAUUACAUUAAAUUAAUUUUUUGAACUCCAGGGGCCACAAAGACAAGAUAUUUGUGUUGAAGUGGAAUCCUCAGAACACCGAGCAGCUGGUAACAGCCGGCAUGAAACACAUCAAGUUCUGGACGCAAACCGGUGGGGGUUUCACUUCUAAGCGAGGAACAUUUGGUGAUGUGGGAAAAAACGAGACAAUGAUGUGCGUGACUUACGGUAAAAACCCAGAUCAAGUAUUCUCCGGAGGCGCUAGUGGUAAAGUGUAUAUUUGGCAAGCUAACGUCCUAAAAGGUGCCGUUCAAGCGCAUGAAGGACCCGUGUUUGCCAUGCAAGUCUUGGAAAAGGUAAUAUGCAGUUAAGUAUCUCUAAGACGGACAACACUGGGAGCUUCUCUUAGUGACCGUUUUAGGGAAGCCUAGAUGUCCUCAUAAGAAAGCUGUUUUUCUCAUAUAGGAGAGGGUUGGUAGUACAUUUUGACUCUAUGUAUAGUAUCGAUAGAAUGUUACUGGGGUCCUAUCGAAAAGAAUCCGAAUAUUUUUGAAAACGGAUUAGUCUUUUCACACAAAUCGACCUUCCUUCUACCCGAAACCAGUGAAUCCGCUCACCAAAACUGCUCUCUAUAGUGGCAGACUUGGCAGACUGUGGUUGUAUUUCUUCGUAUAAAAGUUUGCCAAAAUGACGAUUUCGCAUGGACUAUAUACUACUAAACUUGGCUAAUUGCCCUGCCUCGUGUUCAGUAUUGCAAGCAGACAUAAUCAUCUGGCCCCAGUUGUUCAAAAGGUGAAUAACGCUAUCUCGGCAUCGUAGAAACCCCUCUCCACUGGAUAUAGCAAUUGGUUUCCCCAGCACUUUUCCACUGGAUAGUGAUUUAUCCAGUAGAUAGCGCUAUCCAGCGUUUGAACAACUGAAACCUGUAUUUGUUUCAUAUUUACAACACAUUCUUUCGCUAGAGCUAUUUUUCACUCCGCAUUUAGCUCUAAUUUAUCCUCAUACCGUUAGGGUUUUGUAACUGGUGGUAAAGAUGGCAUUGUGGCCCUUUGGGAUGAGAACUUUUCUCGCUGCUUAAAGAACUACAAGGUGACUCGUACAAGCCUUAGUUCUGGUCCUCCCUCGUCCAUUCUCCUUGAAGAUGCUCCCCCAAUCCGAGCGAUAACAUUGGGACAGGGAAGAAUAUUGGUUGGAACUAAAAAUGGAGAGGUACGCGUGUUUGUUUGUCUUAUUAAAGGGUUUGUGUCACGAAAUUUAUCAAAGAGCAAGUAGUGAGACCUGCCACCAAAUUGAGUGAAACAGACGGAAAUAAUCGCUCAAAAAAUUAAAGUACUUUACAAAGAACACAGCAAAAGCAAAAGAAGGCACUGAUGGACAAACUGGAAGAAGAUUUAAACGGAUUGCGUUGCGGUUUUUGAAAACGUGUUAACCUAACAAUUUUUCAAAGUACAUUUUUGCUGUUUGAAACGAUUGAAUGAUAUAUUGGAUGAGAGAUUUGUUUUAUAUGUAGCCGUGAUUUUGUUUGCCCGUAAAUUCCUCGCUAAAGUUAAGUUUCUUAGCGAAAAAGGACGCAUUAUUGGCAAUGUUAACCGAAUCAACUUGACAGCCGUAACGUAGCCCCUUUAUUCAAUCAUCUGGAAUUCAGCCUCAUCACUAGACACUUUCUGUUUUAAAUGGAAUGUGCUGGAAAUGAGUCUGUGAGACCUUAUGACCGCGGUGGGUGGCUGAAGUCCUUAUUCCUGCGAUUGUUUAUCCCGCCUUAAAGAAAUUUAUUUCCCUAAUCUACAGCCUCGCUGCAGAAAUCCUGCAAUCGAACUAAUUAGAAACUGGGUUAAUCCUUUCGCUCCAAGGGGUAGCCAAAAUUCAAAUUCAAGAAAAUUAUCAAAUUUUAUUUUCAAAAUCCUGUUAAACAAAUAUUAGCGCGUUAAGAAGAGGGUUGAAAUUUGACUGGUAACAUCACAGGAUUUCAUCUAGAGGCUCUAAAGUUAAAGCCACCGCAUACAAUACAUAAAACAUCACCACAGAAAAGUACUGCGUGGUAUCUGGAAUGCACGCGUCUCACUCUAAGGACAUACAAGCCAGUGACUGUCUAGACAAUUCAAGCUGUAUAAUUAAAAUCAAUUUUGAUUUCUUUAUUGAUUCUUUUGAAUCUCAGAUUAUGGAAAUCGACAAGAGUGGACCCGUCACAGUACUUACACAGGUAUAUUAAUUUAUUGCUUGUCAUAUUGGGAUUGGAGCGGAAUUUAGAGUUGUUAUGUGGCUUAGGUGGAAUAUGGAGUUCCUUAGCUCUGCACACAUAGCUUAUCGGAACGAACUGUUUCUAGACGGCAAACAUCUCUAUUAUACAACGUGAUCUUAAAGUGUAUUAUGUCUUUAUGUUUGAUUCCGUGUUGCGUGCGUAGGGUCAUCUUGAAGGCGAACUGUGGGGCCUGGCCUCUCAUCCAUCUGAGGAAGUCUGUGCAACUGUGAGUGACGACAUGAGUGUCAGGGUCUGGGAUCUAGCUGAACACAGAAUGAAGAAUGUUCGCAAACUGAAGAAAGCUGCGAGGAGCGUCACUUACUCUCCUGAUGGAAGAGCUCUGGCGGUUGGAUUUAAAGAUGGUGAGGAAGUCAAGCUGGAAAGGAAAUUGUGUCACGAAGGUUUUAUAGGCUCGGUUAACUGCCACUUUUCGGGAAAUGCUCCUGCUAUUCGCCUGCCCCUUCCCCCCCCCCCCCACACACACACACACCCAUAAAAAGGGGUGAAAAUCGAGCUUAGCAUUUUUCUUUUGGUUUGGAGGGAGUGAGGUUGCUUGUUGUUGUUGUUUUAAAUAAUUUAUUUGCAAAGAGGAGGUAACGUUCUCAUAAGCCAAGUGGCCCGUAACUUAACUGAGGCUGAAGCUGGUAUCUUCGUUGAGAGUUAAGCGUCUAAUAACAAACUGCUUAUGUGUUCUACUUCUGUGAUGCUCAACAGGUAGUUUUCAAGUCAUCGACUCCUCUACCUUGGAUGAUAUCGUUGGAUUUCAUCACAGAAAGGAGGAAAUAUCAGACAUCAAGUUUUCCCCUGGUAGGGUUACCGGACAGAUUUGCCUUCUGCUCAUACACUAUCUUUGCCCCAGUUGUUCAAAAGGCGGAUAACACUACCUACCGGAUAAAUCUCUAUCCAGUGGAUAGUGCAAUUGGUUUCCCUAAUACUUAGCCGCUGGAUAGUGAUUUAUUCGGUGGAUAACACUACCUACCGGAUAAAUCUCUAUCCAGUGGAUAGUGCAAUUGGUUUCCCUAAUACUUAGCCGCUGAAUAGUGAUUUAUCCAGUGGAUAGCACUAUCCAGCUUUUGAGUCUAGGGGUGUAGUUCUAGGCCUGUAAAAUAUGGGUAGUUGUUUCAUAGUCCAUUAUCGAAUGUUAUCUUUGUAUUUUUUUGACAGGUCAAGGUAAAUAUUUGGCAGUAGCAUCUCAUGACAAUUUUGUGGACAUUUACAAUGUGUUGAGCAGUAAACGAGUUGGAAUUUGUAAAGGAAGCUCCAGCUACGUCACACAUGUGGACUGGGACUCUAAAGGUAAAAAUCAAUCCCUAUACUCUGAUGUCCUGCUUCAAAACAGCUUCUACUGAAUUUGUUGUGAAAGUGGAGUGCCUAUACCCGUUUUACACUAUCUUGUCAGUAUUGCGUUACCUUUUCCUGUUGUGACCGUCAAAAAUUUAUUAGUAUAAAUUUACGUUCCAAGUUGAUUUGGCUUUCCUGCAGUGGUGCAUUUUUAAGCGCCCUCUACCUUAGCGUACGUGCAAGCUCUCAACUUUUAUUAUUUUAUCAUUUACCUUAUUUUCGUUUUAUAAACUUCGUCACAAUAUCGCAAGCGGAGAGAGACUAAACAAGCAAAUAGAAAAAGCAAGACAUAUAUCGCAACAAAAUUUGAAACAAUAUGCAUAAAAAUGACCAGUAGGUACACUGCUCCAACUGUGGCGUUAAGAGGGAAUCGCGAAAAUCGAGGGGGCCCCUUCGCGAUUCUUAAGCUUGCUUGCAGUUCCCUUUAAUUUUAAAACAAGAUAACAUCGGAUAGAACAGGGCACAUUAAGUAAAAACCUUAUCUCACAAUUAACAAGAGUUUUAGCCUGUUUGCUAAUUCUUUACGAGCACAAAAUAUACGUAAAGUUGUUAAGCUCUAACGUGAUUUAGAGCUUCUUGUGUUCUUUGUAAGCUACGUGCUAUGUCUUUGUAGUAGGAAAUACAGUGGAACCUCAAUUUAACAAAACUCUAUAUAACGAUGGCCUCGAGAUAACGAACGUUUUUCUUCAGCCCGGCAAAAAUUGCAAUAAAAUGUAUGGAACAGAACCUCGAAAUAGCGAACCCUAAUUUAACGGAGUCCUCGUUGUAACGAGAACAAUCCAGAAACGCAAACGUAAAAUAUACCUCGAUAUAACGAAUAAAUGUUAACAUAUGACCGAAAAAUAGCUAAAGAUGAAUGCAGAACAGACCAUCGAGGAUAAAAGUUAUGUGUACAAUAGUUUUACGCAGUUUUGUUUGCCUGUUCUUGUGUUUCUAGUGCCAUAGCUAUGUACAGUUCUGAACUGAGACAAUAGCUUCGUAUUCAAAUGUUUAUCGCGUUCGUUAGAGUGCAUCCUAAUCUGGUGUUCCUGUGGCACUUAGGUAGAAAUUUUCGAACUAACACGGGCGACUGCAAAUUAGCCGCCCUUAUAAAUUUUAUCAGGGGCAUCUCGGCGAGGAAACUGGACUCCUUUCGUCCCGAUUUCGCGGUUUCCGUAAGUGACGAACGCGGAUCCCGUAAUCAGUGAUUACCUCUAGUUAACAGAAAUUGGUCAGAUCCAAAAAUGCUGGGCGUUGGAAAUUAAGCAUUAACUAUACCUCGAUAUAACAAACAUUUUGCUUGUUUUCCCAAAAAUUCAUUGAAUCGACGUUUUCGAUACAACUAACCCUCGAUAUUACGAACAAAUUUUCUUAGUCCUUUGGCGCUUCGUUGAAACUAGGUUCCAACACUUCAUGUCUUUUUAGGAAAGCUUCUUCAAACCAACUCAGGUGCUAAGGAGCGUUUGUUCUAUGAGGCACCACGUGGUACUCGACAGACAAUUGGAACCAAUAAAGCUAAAGAGAUUGAGUGGUCCACGUGGACGAGCGUGCUAGGUGAGAACUGUACGGGAAUCUGGCCUCCACACUCAGACAUCACUGAUGUCAACAGUGUUGAUUUAACCAAGGAUAAGAAGAUUUUGGCGACUGGAGAUGAUUUCGGAUUUGUCAAAGUGUUUGAAUUCCCCGUGAAGGUAAGUGACGUAAUUGCAUAACUGUUCUUAUUCACUUUCGUAUGUGAGGUACUGAGGAGUAUAUAGCAUUAGCUACCACUCAUCGAUUCUACAGGACAGUAUUGGUUUGACUAGGAUUUUAGGAUUAGUCGGAAGCUAGAACCUCCCUUGGGUCACAGCAAAACAACUAGGGCACAAUAACUGAGUGACCGUGCAUUAGAAAAAAUGCUUUGGUUUCAAGCUCAAAAUUAAAAGAAAUUAAGCAAUUUGCUAUGACAAACCUGGAAUGAGCGCAACUUCAGUUUUUUGGUUUUUCGGCGCGUUACAGUUCAAAGAAGCAAAACAAAGAAUGCAGUCAACAGUCUCUUGCGUUUUAAAGUACAUUUAUUAAUUAUAGCUUGUCAGUAAUUAAAAGUAAAGUAUUAGAAAUAUUUAUGCUAAGGCAUUUUUCUAUCGGCAUGAAAGUGAAUCCUUUUUCUCAUGUAUAAAAUUACCAACUGAGUGAAAACGAAAGCAGAAGUCCGUUUACCCCUUAUAGUCAAGUUAACUUGAUCACUUUUACUUCUCGAGGAUCUUUUUGAUGAGUUAUAACAACGACAUCUUAAAAAUCUUUCGGUCGUAUCUUCAUUUCGGACCUCUUGACAGAAUAGUAGCUGUUUUUCCAGUGGUGCCAGGACAUUCCUUUAGCAUCGACCUUCCCAUUGAGGUACAGACCAUUUAGAUUGGAGUGGUGGCAAUUGUUGUACCACCAGGCGCCUUUCCAACGCAAGGCACAGUUUCCACCACUCCAUUUGUCAUUGUCACGAUCCUUGGUGGAAAAUGACUUACCACGAUGCCAAUUAAGCGAAUCACCAGCGGUACCUGAGAUCAUAAUUAACAAUUAGUAUUGGAUGAGGCUUCGUAUCAUCCGAAGAAUUAUGGAGAUCGAAGGAGGGUGUUAUUGGCCGAGGCGAAUAACACCCUUCGACUCUUCAUAAUUAUUCAGAUGAUACGAAAGCCAAAUACAAUAAUUGUUUUAUUAUUCAUUUAAAAUAAUUUCUAGUUUAAAAACAAGCUAAAGCAUGCUCCGUCGAUGUUAUGGUCAUCUUCAAUUGCCUGAUUAUCGGCAAGUUUAGGAGAUAAAGGGUUUUUCAGUACUGCAAAUAUUAUCCAAAUAGCAGAUGUCGUCCGUCGAGUUGUCUUCUGCUGUUCUUCCUAUGUUUUUAGCCAUUAGUUCUCCUAUUUCCUCCUCUUAAAACGAGUGAAAUGUUCCGCCAUUAUGCACUCACUACAAACAACAACUCAUAACCUUUUCGCCAGGUCUUCUCGGUUAACUGAGUGUGCAGUUUUAUGGUAAUUAUGCUGCACAUUUGACUUCAUUUUUCGCAAAAUUCUUCCAAAUUUGGCCGACAGUAGCUGGUUGUGAUAAAUUAUGCGUGGAACUUUAGCCAAUCAGAAGUGGAGAAAUAUAUUGAAUGAAUAGUUAUAGUCGUUAUUUAAGACAGAGUGAAGUUGUCGCACGAUAUUUUAACCAAAUGGUUGCUGUAUAGGUGUACUUACCACAUAAUAAACAAAACUUGGCCAAAAACACUUUUAGUCCCCAAGGGGCUUUGUGCAGUUGAGAUUGGUGGAAGUACCCUCAAAAGUUCAGCCCUAUAUAUAUUUGAGAGCUUUUAAAAACAACGACGACGUUGACGGCAACGAGAAUGGCAAAAAGGGAAUGGGUUUAGAUUGGCAACAACUCUGCACGUCUUCCUAAUUUCACGUUUUAUGGAGGACGUGAACACAAGACAACGAUUUUCUUUUUCUUUUUUUUGAACGUGGAUAGAGUCCCUUAGAAUUCAACCCCUGAGAUAAUCGCCAACAUUUGACAAGUUAAAAGAGGUGAAAUUAAAACGGCGCGAAUUCACUUUUUGGGUGACUUUUUUGCUGCUCUUGCCGUCGUCGUGACGUUGCUCAUUAUUAGUUGUGUACUUCAAUCAGUCUGUUAAGCUAUUUGAAUUCAUCUACACUCCAACUUCAUUCGCACUUAUUGUUGUGUAGUCGACGCAAAUGGGAGAAGAAGAUCUGGAAAACUGCUCACCUACCUCUCUUCUAAUUUAACAGUUUGCCUUAAUUUCCCACUGAGUGAGAAGUUAGAGGAGAAGGGGGUAGUUUCCCAGAAGUAAUAAAGUCAACUAUUUUAGUCCACCAACGGGUUUUACCUGAAUAACUUCCCAAACUUAGCUGAUAUUUCGCUCUCUCGCUUGUCACUGCAACUGAGCUGUACUCUGCAAAUGCAGUUUUGCCUUGAUGAUCUUCCAAGUCCACUCGAAGUUUGUAACCACCACUUACAGUCAGCCGAUGUAUCUUGUCCAAACCGAGCCAAAACUCGCCGUUCAGAUUGCCAAAACCGCGUUUGUAAUCAUCCCAAGCGCGGAAGAAAUCAACAGAACCAUCUCGCCUCUUCUGAAACACCGUCCAACCUCCACCGGCUGUUUUCUGAUCACAGAACACUUCAAAUUCGCCCAAACCAUCAGGAUUGAUUUUGUACACUCCACUGAUCUUCUUGCCGCUUUUGUAAACUUCAGCACAGUUCUUGUAAACUAAAAAAGCAAAAAAACCUACCCUUAGAAGAUUUCGUUUUUUCUUUAUCCCUGCACUGUUUCCACGAUUAGACGACAAAAUAAUAAAGAGUAAAUUGAGUAUCAUGGUUAAGUAAGGUUUGAAGAGAAUGUGAGGAAUCUUAUUUUCUUUCAACGUUUUGCCUACCAUGUCCUAUCGUGUUCGGAAAAUAGAAGAACGAACAGAUUAAGAGAGCUUUGUUGAAAAUACACACUGUUAUUAACCUUUAAGACGACGUCCUCCAGUUUUGUUAGUUUUAAUUGCUUUGAUCUCUUCGAGAAUUUCCUCUUUCAUUUUCACCAGUUGUUGACCGAUGUCUGUGCAGUUUGGACCUGUGUAGAGAACAUGUAUUGUAGGUUCAAUAGAGUAAAACAGCAAAGGGUAGAGGAAAGAAAAGCGUACAAGCUUUUUACUAAUUUCCAAACCUUUUACAGUUCUUGUUCCUCCAGUUAUGUUCCUCGUCAUUGCUCUGAUUUCGUUAAGGAUUUCGUGCUUUAUUUCGGUCAAGGUCUGCGUGAUUUUGUUGCCGUUUUGUCCUGCGUAGAGGUAUGUAGCUAUUAAUGAAAGAAAUCAGCGAAGGCCCUUCGGAUAAAAGAAGUCAAGAAUUAUGUAGAAUACGAGCAUCUUUUUUUUUCGAAACAAAUUCAUUAUACGGCGUUUUCGGUUUUGUUCCAUUUCAUGCCCCUGAUUUCUUCGAGGAUUUCUCUUUUUAUUGCAGUUAGCUGUUGUUCGAUGUUCUUGCACUUCGGUCUUGGUGAAAGUACAGAGGAUAGCUUAUAAUAUAGGUUAAGUCAUUGAAGACUGAGGCCUCUUUAAUUAUCCAGGAUAUAUAUAAACUUAUUUCGGUAUCCUUUACAACAUUCCCUCCGGUCUCUAUUCAUUACCUUGAUUUUAAGGGUGAUCGAUUUUCUUGCAUUUCAACUGAGUAUUUAAAUAUAUAGAAAGUUUGUACAAACCUUGUACAGUCUUUUCUCUGGUUUCGUUUCUUCUCAUUUCCGUGAUUCCCUCUUUUAUUUCGGCCAGUUGUUGCUCCAGUCUCUUGCAGUUCGGUCCUGCGUAGAAGUUAGUGUUAUAGGUCAUAUGGCACUGUGCUUUUCUCAUCUGAUCGCUUUUCGUGGGUUUGACCGACAAGUUUGCAUUUGUCGCUAUAAAGUAAGCGAUUGCAACAGCUGCAAAGAAUAUUUUCAUCCUCUAGCGACUUCUAAGAAGUUAGUUUCUGACACGAGUCAAAGCUAGUGAUAGAAAGCGAUUAAUUUCCAAGACUUCAACAGUGGCAUACCCAUCGUUUUCAAAAGAAAAUUUUCUUGUUUGUAAAUACUAUUUUUGGAGCUCUUGCAUCAUCAGUUAUCGCCAAUCACACAACUCCACAUUUUGUUCGAUGUGAAUGCGCGACAUUCGUACAAAUUCAGGGUGGAUUUAUUAGCAGCACAGACGUAUACCAAAAAAAAUCGAGAAGCCCUUUAUUUCCAUCGCUCGACAUCGCUUUCGCAGUGCGCGUAUGCGGUAUGCGAUAAAUCGGUGGAGCGACGCGCGUGGAAUUUUUAAUCUAAGAUGCGGCGCCUAGCUCUGUGAAGAAAUAAGCAGCAGGCGUCGCAAUAAACCCCCGAGCUUUGCGAAAGUUUUUUUGAAGGAGAGAUGCCAUAGGCCUAUAAAAACGUGUUUUUUUUUCUGAUGGAGAGGGUCGUUCCCACCAUUGCACUGUGUGUACCUAAAGGCAAAAGAAUGGGAUCUCUGUAGGUCAAAAUAAAAAUAAAUUAUUCAUGCUUCUACCGACUUCCUUUUGUCUCGUAAAGUCAUUAUAGGUACUAGCAGCGGUACAAAUAUUGUGAGGUCUUGGAGGCUGAUAACGUGACAAGGAAACCCUGUCAUUCAAAAUGAAAACUUGUGAGGCCUCAAUUUUUAUUUAAAAACCCAAUUCUUCAAGACUGAUUUACUAGGACCGUGGAUCAUGUACAUGGUCAAAUUUAGGAUCUUGUUGACGAUAAAGUUCAUCGAACUUGUAUUUUAUAAAUGGCUGGCUAGUUGCCUCCUUUUCAUGAUUUUCCCGUCAACGAAUGCGAAUAAUUAAUAGCCGGUCGAUCCGGCAAUCGAUCCAACAAUCUCGCUCCUGCUCGUUAUGAUGAUGAAUUUUAUUACGAAGCGUACGAACAAUAGGCGUCUCGCACAGGUAGUUUUUGGGGGUUUAGCGAUGCUUUUAAUUCGUCUCUUGCAGAAAUUCAUUAGCAGCCUAGGAAAACUAACGUAAACCCUUUUUUGGCUAAGUAUGUAGAUACGUUGAAACAGGGUACCCGUUCAACAUGCGACAAGUGUGCGCUUCUGCUCCAAAUGUACAUGUAUUCAAGCUUAAUUUAGUUCAUUUAGUACUGAGCGUUGAAAAGACUUUCUCAAACUUCUUUAAUAAUUCAUGAAGAAAAUACAGAAAGUUAAAUGUUUAAUUACUGUUUGAAAAUCAGAUGAAAAACUGCUCAUUCUUGCAUCUUUAAUGUCUUUUUCUAGAAUCAUUUUGUUUGAGAAGUAAUAAAAAGCAUUCGACACAGUAUCAACACCUCGAAGUUUGUCAAAAAUACUCCGCUGCUCGUCGUAUUCUCAACUCUCUCCUUGGUGUUUCUUCUGGUGAUGAAACACUGCAUCUAAUGCUUGAUAUAUUACAUGAUCUCUCAACCCUUGUUCCAAGGGUUUUCUCCUACUCGUCUUUGGAAGUUAGGUUGUAUUCACACUGUACCGGAUAGCUCUUGCGCCGGCACGAAAAUCAUACCGGAGAGGGCUUCUGUUCACACACAAGAACCAUAAUUUCGGCGUAAUGAUUUCUGUAAGGAGGCAAAGCUACACCUCGCCGAUCUCGAAAGUUGAGCGUCACAUAACGGAUACCGUCGGUUGCAUGUGAGCGUGGACACGAGACAAAAAGGGUGCCAGACAUGACGUGUUUUGCCGCCAAACAUUUGAAGUUUGACAGCCGUGAAAGCAAACUGUCGCGCCAAAGCUAAGUUGUUUAUAUGUUUUUGAUCAGCGCGUUCCGCUCAUAUUUCAUUUUUCUUAACUUGCAGGCAUAUUUCUCGCUCAGAAACAGCACACUUGCCUCCAGAAAUUAUACUCAAUGUCUGAAAAUUCUUGCAAAGAAUAUUUUGUUGAGCGAAAACGAUCAAGUCGACAACAGCCGCGUACUCCAAACUUCGAAUGUUUGGCGGCAAAACGUGACACGUUUGCACCCAAUCAGAACAUGUUUUUUCCUCACGUGUACACGCUUAGAUGCAACCAACGGUAGGUUCUGUGCCACACUUUGGUGCAGUGGGAACACUUAUGCGGACCGAAGCGGAAGUGAAUAAGUAUCAGCGAAUACACUAAGAUAGAAGAAAAUAUUCGAGGAUUAGGUCUGGGAUUUAAUUCACCAAACCUUUCGUCUUCCUCGUGAUGUUCGAUGUUUGUGAAUGACUUGUUCCAGUUCUGUGCUGUUGCUAUUCACACUUUACCGUUUCGGCACGAAAAGUGACGUGUAUGCGGUAUAUUGUGAAUAUAUACUUAGGGAGAGAUCCUCCAAGAUCUACAAAAUUCUUUAAAACGUGUUAAAACAGAAUUAAACAAUUGGUUUAUCAUUUAAUCUUUUUAAAGUUAUUGACAGUCUAACCUCCAAUAGUGUGAAGCUUAAAACCAAAUUUAGUGACCGUCGGUGUCAGAGAGAGCUUUUUAAUAACGGAACAGAAAGACGAAAGAUUUAGAGCCGCAAUUGCUGCUUACAUUUUUCAGGGCAAGCAUGCAAAGUUCAAGAAGUACGUCGGCCAUUCUGCACAUGUCACAAAUGUCCGCUGGACAAAUGACGACAGUCGCUUGGUUUCAGUGGGCGGAGCUGACACGUCAGUCAUGGUGUGGUCACAUGCUCGGGCGCACGAUCGGGAAGAAGUCGGAGGUGACAGUGAUGACUCGGACACAGACUCGGAAGAAGAAGGAGGGUACGACAGUGACGUGGAGAGGGAAAAGAAUCUGACUUACGAAGACAAGAUUUACGCUAAUCCACUCCGUACCACCAAAGGAGUAAAGCCACACCUUAGAGAGAAACAAGACGAUGAGGAACACAGGUAGAGUUAUUAUUUGACAAACUUCUAGACGCCUCAGAAAUGUGCAGUCAUCCUCCGCCUCCUUUUAAGGUGAUGUUAGACGGGACGAUUUGCAACGUCGAUUUUUAACGCAACACAGGGUUCAAAUAUUGGAACAAUAUUGCAGCCAUUCGAAACAAUGAAAUAACAAUGUUGUAAGGCUGUGUUGAGCUAAAAAUCGUCGUUGCGAAUCGUCCCGUGUAACAUCCCCUUUAAGCGUCCUCUUAAGAGUUGGCGACCUGGUAAAGAAUUGUUAGGUGAUAUUUUACGUCCACGCAAAACAUCAGACGUACAAAAUGUUCUUCAAUAUUAUUUGUUUAAUGUCGUUGGUUCAGUCAUGACCGAUGUUUCAGUUUCUAGAAAACCAAUAGAGUCUUCAACCUGUUGGGCCUUCUCUAUCAAGAGUGGUUGCUACAUUACACUUUCUCCUUACUUGCCGCAAAAUGUUAUGCCACUGAAACGUUUUUUGUUUGUUUGUUUUUUGUUUUGUGUCAGACCUGCUGUUAGCCGUGGUUCCAAAGCUCCGCCAAAAGUUCGUCAACUGGACCGGCAGAGGGAGUCAGGGAAGAAGAGGAGAAACCAAGCCAUCCAGGUCCAUAAAUGUGCAUGCUUAACCUUCUCACUUUUGUUUUAACUAGAAAAUAUAAAAGUUAGAACCACCGUGUAAAGCGUAAUAAACAGUUCCACACAGAAGUACUGUUCGUUUGCUUUCAUUUCAGUGGUUACACCACUCAAGGUUUUCACAGACUGAAAAGUUUGAACCACCCUGUACAGCAUAAUAAACAGAAUUUCAGGGAAGUACUACUCAGUAGUUUUCAUUUUAAUGGCCAAACUAAGGAUUUCAUCCACAGAUUUUGAAUUUCCUUGCACAGCAUAAUAAACAGGAAGGUACUGCUCAGUACCCAAAUGGUUGAACAACUUUUUCGAGCAUAAUCUGAACAUCAGCACAAGAAACUGUAAACAUUACUCGGUAGCUUUCAGCUGUCCCUCACACCAUAUUUUCUUGCCUUGGAAUAUUAACGCUAUAACGCCUUCAGUUAAGUAUUCUUCCACUUCUCAAGAAGGACUAACUACAUGAAUAUUUUUCUACAGGAACUUAGUUUGGAUUUCAUUCAUGGCUACCGUGGUUUUGACACCAGGAAUAAUCUGCACUACCUCCCAGAGGGGGAGAUUGUGUAUCAUGCAGCAGGAGCCGGAAUUGUAUUGAGUACCGCUAAUGGAGUACAGUCAUUCUACCUUGAGCACACAGAUGACAUCAUCUGUUUAACUGUCAAUCAACAUCCCAAGUUUAAGGCAAGCUAAUUUGUCGCACCAAGUUCAUUAUUUUGUCAGAAUCCCUAAUUGUUUAUUGUUAAAAGUUUACUUAAUUAUCACAACCGCCUUUGCAAACUACUGAAACAACCAUAAUUCGAAAGUUGUGCACAGGAUACUAAUGCCGAGCGAAAUGGAAAUUUAACCUUGCUAAUCACCGUAGGAACUCAGGGGGUGAACCAACCUUUGUUAAGAGAUGUAAAAUCGUUAAAAUGGCAGGCGGUGUCGAGCCACGAAACGCGAAAAAAAAAAAGGGCAUGAAAAUCCGUUAUAUAUGUUGCUUGAAACUAGUCAACGUUGCCGAGGGCGUGAAAUUUUCCAGACAAUCGCUUUAAAGCCCGUGAAAAUGUAAUACGAUUGUUUUUUCCUUAUUGUUAGUUAUUUUCCUUCCACUGUUUUGUAGAACAUCGUAGCCACUGGUCAAAUCGGUACAGAGCCUUGUGUGCACGUGUGGGACGCUUUAUCAAAGGAGACAUUAUCAGUUAUACAAGGCUUCCACACCAAAGGCGUGUGUGCUGUACACUUCAGUUGUAACGGAAAGCUUUUGGUCACUGUGGGUAUUGAUGCUGCUCAUAGUAUUGCUGUGUGGAAGUGGGCUGAGGGUAAGCUUACCGAUUUGAUUCAAGUAGUUCUCUUGCUCUUAGAUGUGGGCCCGUCAUGGUCUACGUGAAAGAAAGUCAAGCCUCACGAUGCAUAUAUCCAGAUAGCGAGAAGGAUGGAUUUGGAUUACCAGACGUUCUCUGUAAUGAUUGCGCUAUCCUGUGGUUCCUUUGAACAUUUGCUGAAAUCAGUAACAUUUAACAUUCUGUCUAGCAAAUAAGAGUAAUUUUCCACUGGCUGAUUGUAACGAAAUAAGUGGAAAAUGUUUUUCUCACGCACCACUGGGGACCUGAGUAUAAGACAUGUGACCGACAGGCGGGCAGUUGCUUUUGUUGCGUCCGCCAUUACUGACCUUCCCACCCACCCACCCACCCACCCACCCUAAGAUUUCAGUUUUGUAUGCUGUUUAAAUGUAAUGUGCAACUUUGUAGCUUUGUUAGUGUCCCACCUUUCUAGGGGUAUGUUAUGUGUACAUUUUUAUGAACUUGCAAUAAAGGUUAGGCUGCUGCGGUCAGCUUACCAUGGCUACCUGUGGUGGGGAACUUUGCGACCUCUUUGAAAAAGCGAAAAGUUGUGUUGUUGUUGCUACUUUCGUUUGGCGUUAUCCGAAGAAAAUGGCAAAUAAACUUCAAAAAAUUGGUUUAACUGUUACUCUGGGUAGUGAAAGAAGAAUUUACACAUGGAAUUAUUGGGUGUCUAUAAAGUUACUCUAGAAUCCAAAAGAUGGAACGCAUUAAAUAAUGGUGAGGCCUUCUGCGUGUCUUUCCGUUGUAGGCAGCAAGUUAGCCAGCUCACAUGGUCAUACGGAGAGAAUUUUUGUGGCGGAGUUCAGACCCGAUUCAGACACUCAAUUUGUGACGUGUGGAGUAAAACAUGUGAAGUUCUGGACUGUGGCUGGCGGGCAGCUGAUUGGCAAGCGGGGGUUAAUGAAUACAUCCCAACAGAUGGAGGGUGAUGAUUCCCAACUCCGAAUGCAAACCAUGCUCUCAGUUGCUUUUGGAGCGGUAAGAAUUGCAUUUAGUGAUUACAGUACCAGAUAAUUUGUCAGCAAGAUGCCUCUGGUGUAACGAGAAAGCAUUUUCGUUCCCAGAGACCAAAAGGAUAGCAGCUUUGGGAAUAAGAAUGACGUGAAAGUUGAUUUAUAGCGGACUAAGGCGCAUGCGCGUAUCAUGCCGUAGGUAGUAGCCUCGUGGUGACAAUUACAGUACAAGUGAAGUGUGUCACUGUCCAAUGCUCAAGAAGCUUCAAACAUUGAUGCAGAAAGUGGAACCCAAUUCUAGUCUCAGUAACUAUCCUGACAUUGUUUCAUGUUUUUUCUUACAUCUCCGCCAUUAAUAGGCAAAGAACCACACAAAACCUCCUUCAGUUUCCAAGGAAGUUUCUUACAAAAGAAUUCAUCUAUAAAGAGAGAAUUAUAGAAACCAGUGCCAGGGUUAUUUUAUCGGAACCAAGGCUUAGUGAAGUGAACUUUACGCAAAUAUCGAGCAAUCUGAAGUGCUACUGACUCCAUUUGCUCUAUAGGAUAAUCUGACGUUUACCGGAGCCAUGAAUGGGGAUGUGUUCGUGUGGUCGGGACAUAAACUAGUUCGGCUGGUCAGCCGGGCUCACAGUGGUCCUGUGUUCUCUAUGCACACUACUCUGCGUGAUGGGCUGAUUGUCACCGGUGGAAAAGAAAAAGGGUACGUACUAUAGAUUGUACGAGAGGAUGUUGCAGAUUAAAAGACUGCUUUUAAAAAUUGCAAACUGGUUUGUUAUAAGUGGGUUUCCGUUUAUACAAGCAAGUGUUAGAUUGAUAGAGUAAUACCGACAGUUUGUCAUAUUUUUCAGAUUUCGCCGCGUCGAAGAAUUAGUCUUUAGUCUUUAGUCUUAAAGAAGUGCAAAACAAAAACAAAAUACAUUGAAAGUAAUGUACCAAUCAUUGCCUGGGUGUGUGGCAGUGGGUGGGUAGAUUCUUCCAGUGAGCGAGAAUCCGUCACCUAUUGAAAAGAACAUCUAAAAAUAAGGCGCUCUUUCCAAAAGAGUAGGUGGAUUUUUGCUAACUGGUCUUCGUUGUCAAGAGUUAAUUAAAAACGUGGAAGGGUCUAUUCAGGAGUGUUUUUUACGAAUUUGGCGAGAACGAUUCUGUUUGUAAAGCGUCCUUACCUUUCGUACAUAAACGCCCGCUUCUCUAUAUUUCGUUUUGUACUGAAUUUGAUCCUUUUCACGUUUCUAGAAACCCUAAAGAGGGUGUCGCUAUUAAAUUGUGGGAUCAAGAAAUGAAGAGGUGUCGGUCACUGAGCCUGGGGCCUGGACCAUGCGUAGUGCGAUCAGUUUGCAGAGGAAAGGUUGGUUAUGACACAGGCUCACCACGUUAUAAUCGCUAAAGGUUCACCACGUUAUAAAAUAAUAACCGCAGACUAAGUUGGUUAGUUGUUUGUUCAAUUUUGUAAUAUGACUCGAUUGUUUGCCACAGUCCACUUCUCGCAUAAAUACCUCAUGAUUUUGUUCUGCUUGUAGGGUAAAAUCCUUGUUGGCACAAAGGACAGUGAAAUAAUUGAGAUAACAGAAAAAACUUCCACGUCUCAGGUGAGCUUUUUUGUAGUAUUACUUACAAGAAUCUUAGUUGCGCUUGUUUAUGGUACAGUUUAUUUCAUUCCUUUCUUUGUUAAGCCUUAGGAGAGCCUUUUAACGACUGAAUUCUUCCGACCAAUACUAUUAUACAUGAAAAUUUCAAUAGUCUAAGCCGGAGGCGCAAACCGGCCACAAACGCUUAUUUUCUACUGAGACAAGAGCAAAACUUGAAGACUAGCUUGGUGGUCGUCUUUUAGUUGGUCGCAUCUUGCAGUAUUUUAAAGUUUCUUUUUUUCUUUUUCAAUAAUGUUCUUAUUCCUAUUUCAUUUUGUUUUAGCAAACACAUCGAUGUGAUCGUUAACUCUGACGUAAUUGACCAAUCAGAUCCAUAUCCAGAGUAUAAUACCAUCAACUGACAUGAUACAACUCACUGUCAACAACAGUCCGAUUCAGGACUACGUUAACCCGGACGAUCAAACUCAACCUACUUUUGAAAUGACUCCUUGGUUCAAACCUUUCACAGUUCUGAUUACUUUGGCACUUAUUUUAAAUUUUUCUUCAGCCUUACUUUUUUUGAUUGCUUGGUUGGUAUUAAUGAUACUUGUUUUCCAGACUCUUGUUCGUGGCCAUGGAGAGGGAGAGAUCUGGGGUCUAGCCUGUCACCCUGAUAGAGAAGUAUUUGUAACUGCAAGUGAUGAUCAAACUGUUCGACUGUGGGACGUGGCUACUAAGGUACAUGCGACGUUUAAGAUUGACUCUUAGUUACUCUUUUCAAAAAGUGUUUCCCACAAUAUUACACGAGUAUUUGUUAUCGACAAGGCUUAACAUACAUCUGAGGAAUUUACCUGAUUUUCCUCCAAGGACGAGAACGCUGUCAGACAUAAACUACCGACCUUUUGAACUCGACGGUGACUCAAUGAAGCAGGAGACGAGUUCUAUGUCUGGUAUACAAGUUAUCAUGGCGUACUUUGAUUUUGAAAAAAAUAAACCACUUUCUCUUUAAGAUAUCGUGAUAAAAUGUCUAGGCUACAGCAAAAACCAAAGCAACUGAUAAGAUUAUCACAUAUUUGAAAGGUUCAUAGAAUAGCACAAUCGCGCGCGACUUUUGACUGAUUUAGAGAACGCGGAACGCAUUCCCAGAUAAUGAAAGUUGCUGAGAAUUAAUUUUCCACAACUAGGGGCUACAAAAGGGGUUGUCGAUUGGACAAUCGAACGACUUUUUUUCCAUCUUGGAUGGUUUAUGGCAGGAAAACAAAGACUCCAUGUUGUGAUCUUACCAUCAGUUGACUGAAAAAGCAAAUACCGAAACACGAAUGCAGAAACAAUUUAUUUAAGAUUAAAUAAAACCGUUCCGAAAACAAAAACUAAAGCAAACCUUUCUUAACAACCUUCCCCGUCUUUUUAGACGAUGGUAAAGAUGGCGCCCCUGGGCGUGGCUGCUCGGUCAGCAGCCUUCUCUCCUGAUGGUGAGCUUCUUGCUAUUGGUCUUAAAAACGGCGCAUUUGCUGUUUUGAAAUCCGCUGACCUGAAGAUCAUAGCGCAGAAGCGGGAUCGAAACAAAGCCAUUCAAGAUGUCAGGUAAUCAUUGCCGGAUUAACAUAAGCGCUAUCAAUAAUUGGCAAUUACCUUGACUAAAGAUUAAAGAUUAAUCCAAAAGACGAGUAAUCAAGUGAUUUCAUUCCUUCUAGCAUAACAGGCUGUUGCAUUCAGUCAGGUGCCCUUUAAGUUUAGCCACUUUCUCGUGUUGUAAGUUGUGUUUCUCAGUUGUAGCGUUACCCGCCUCGAUUGUCUCUCGGUAUACGCAACAAGUUUUUUUUUUUUACGUUUUUGAGCCAUGCGUUGUUGUAAUUAUCAAUGAAGGAGUACAUGAAUGAACGGAUAAAUGAAAAUUCAAUGAAUAAAUGAAAAAGAACGCAUUUUCGCUGUAUCAAUGAAUAACUUAGGUGAGCGGGUGAGUUAGGGUGAUUGAGUGAGUGAGUAAAUGAUUGAAUAAAUAAUGUAGUUUACUUGUCCUAGGUUCAGUCCAGAUGGCAGAUAUCUCGCAGUAGGAUCAGAUGAUAGUUGUGUUGACUUCUAUGAGCUCCGAGAGGGCCGCCCUCUGACUCGUGCAGGAUACUGCAAAGGAAUCCCAUCUUUUGUUACUCAGAUGGACUUCUCCGCAGAUGGCAAGUUUAUUCAGGUUAGUAUCACACGAAUGGCAUAUUGUUUUCUUACGGUCACUGUCCUGGCUGAUGUGGUGCGUAUGACUAAAGGAUUGUUUUAUUACUGCAAUGGCAGUGUCUUCCUUGCGGGGGUAUUCACCUUAAAAAUGAUGUCCUGCUGUAGAGUAGACUUAACUGGGAUGUCUUCCUACAGAGGGCUUCCUUAAAAGGCGUCGGUCUCCCAGGUGAUCACCAAAGUGGUAUCCGCCUUAGAGAAAAGUACACAAGUGUUUCUAUUUUACUGACCGUGUCCACAGUACUUAAAUUGUAGUUGGAGUUGUUAUUUUUUAUCCAGUCAAUACUUAUCGGGUAUUAUUUCAGGUCUCCACCGGUGCGUAUGAGCGGUUAGUGUUCUCAGUUCCCGGAGGAAAUCUCUUAAGAGACAAAAAAGAAAUAAAUAGAAUAACCUGGGAUUCAUGGACUAGGUAGGUUAAUCAAUAGAAAACUUUACAAAACAAUUCAUUCUUCAGUAUUAAAUAUUGCUUUUCAUGCUCUCUUUGGGUUUCAAAUGUCACAGAAAACGUUUUUUAGCAAUCCUUUUGUUUUUAACUUCACAGUGUUCUUGGUAACGAAGUAAUUGGAAUAUGGCCACGAAACGCAGACAAAGCGGACGUGAACUGCGCAAACCUGUCGUCAAGCGGUUUCUCUCUGGCCACUGGUGAUGACUUUGGUUUUGUAAAGUUAUUCGACUUUCCAGUCACGGAGAAAUUUGUAAGUUUUUUCUUAAGUGCUUAAAAUAUUACUUGAUUACUUUUCGCCAAGAGGAAACCAUCUCAAAUCUUUAAAAAAAUGCCAGCGUCAAUCCGCAAACAACUCUUCAUCUUAAAACUCUCUUGCUUGUUCUGUUGUCAACCUUUCCAUUGAUGGCAGAAGCCCGUAACCCUGACAUAGUAACUCCCAUGUAUUUCUUUCGCGACGUUUUCACAGACCAGUUUUCAUCGAUUCUUUGUGUGAAUCUGAAUUAUGAGUAUCUCAAAAGACUUAGACCUGACAAUGUUAGUUUUGUUCCCUACCUUUUAUCAUACAGUCAACUCUCUCGAAGAUGGACACCUUUGGGACCGGCACUAAGUGUCCGUCUUAGAGAGAUGUCCGUCUUAUAAAGAGUCGAAUAAAGGGAAUAAGUAAAGGCAGGGACCAACUCUAGGUGUCCGUUUUACAGAGGUGUCCGUUAAGAGAGAGUGGACUGUAUUUUAUACGGAUGUAAGAUGGGCAUUUUCAGUGAUGUGUCACCCCAUCUGCAAAGUUUACUCUAAAAUGUGCCUUAAAUAGGCUGGUCUGUGAAAACGCUGUGACGUAAACCCAUGAUGUUUGUAGUCAAACAUAUAAUCCAGUUAAAAAUUUCAUGCAGCAAAUAACGUCCUCCAUGAAACACAGUUUGCGCUUGAAGCGACAAGUGGUUCUGAAAUGCGUGUAUUUGAUUCCAGGCCCCUUUUAAGCGAUACGUGGGUCACUCCGCUCACGUGACUAAUGUGCGAUUCACAUGUGAUGACCGCUUUUUGAUCAGUGCGGGGGGAGAUGAUUGUUGGUGAGUACACAUCAGUCAGAUUUGCUUUGUUCCCAGCUGUUACGCACCGCGCAUUAGCUGUGCAUUCAUGCCUCUUAUCAAUAAGAUUUACUAACAAUAAUCAUCAAAACGCUUGUUACAGGCUGCUGACGAAAUUUGUACAUGGCACUGAUAAAGAUCGCCUUGAUAACAAGUUGACGACUUUUUAUCCUGUUUCUCUUUUGCAGCGUUUUUGUUUGGAAAUGUAAAUGAACACGUUCGUUACCAUGAUAAGACGUGUAUUUCCAAACUUUAGCCUUAGACACCAAUGAAACAUAAAGGAAAUAACUCGCAGAAUUGCGUUUGGGAAUAGAAGAAGCAAACGUUCCUGGAACAAAAACAGCCGGAGGAAUAUAGUCAUUAUGUUGGCAGGAAUCUUUGCUAUGCUGAUGAAGACUAGCCGUCAAGACUGUUUUUUUAAGCAACUAUUAAAGCCAUGGUUUCAUUUCCACUUUGUUGUUGGCAGAGAGGUCUGAAAGAGAGCUUGAUCUAUUUUGGACUCGGGCGCGGCUGUUAGAAUUCUUAUUCCCCCGUUUGAAGAACGUUGAAAAAUAUAUUUAUUUUAAGGUUAAUGGCCGAUGCUAACAUAAGGAAUGCUUCAAUAUCAAAGUAUUUAU